UAUGUAAUUUCUGAUGUCGGACCAGAGAGCCGUAUGUGAUCUGCUUUCUUGCGUUUUCAUUAGGGUAUUUUAUGACUUACUGAUGCAUGGGGACAAGUAGGCAUCCAACAGCUUAAAUGGGACUGCAGCCGUUAGAGUUCGCGGACUGUCUUACUGACAGUCCUCUUUUCCGCACCAAACUUCAGGAACAUGAGCGCGAGCUAGAGCGGACAAGUAAAGCGAUCAAAACUCUAAUUCAUCAUGGGAAGCAAGUGUUUGAAGCAGCAAAACAGCUUUCCAAGGCACAGAAGACAUUUGCUAAAGAUUUGCGAGAGUUUAAUUUUGAGUGCAUUGACCAGCAGACAGAUGAUGAAAUAACUAUUGCCAAGUCACUUAUAGAGUUCAGCAAAUACAUUAAUGAAAUUGAAGAUCUACGAGAAAAAAUGAUCGAAACAUCAGAGGAGCAGUUUGUGAGGCGAUUAGAAUUGUUCCGGAAAGACAAUUUGGGAGCCGCUAAGGAGGAGAAAAAGAACUUUGACAAGCAAACAGCUAAGUUUUGCCAAUCUCAGGAACGAUACCUCAACAUGAAGACCCGGGCUAAUGAUACGCAGCUAAAAGAGGCAGAUGCACAGGUUGAGAUGGAGAAAAGAGGUUUCUAUCAGGCUUCAAUGAAAUAUGUACUGAAACUACAAGAAGUUCAGGAGAAGAAGAAAUUUGAAUUUGUGGAAAUUCUGUUAGGCUAUAUGCUGGGAUGGCUGUCAUUCUACCAUGAAGGUUAUGAAGGGUUUGAAGACUUCAAGCAAUAUGAUCGGUAUCUGCGUCUUCUGCUUCAGAAGACAAGGGAAAGCUUUGAAUGUACCAGAGAACAAGCUGAGCGUCUUAUGAGCAAAAUGUUGGAGGCUCGUGGAGCGAAACCUAUGGACCAGUCUGCAACAUUACGAGGAUUCACCCGAGAGGGUUACCUUUACCUAUUAGAAAAAAGACCGCUGGGAACCACAUGGACCAAAUACUAUUGUCAGUAUAAAAAAGACUCCAAGGAUUUUUUUAUGAUACUCUUCAACCAGACAGGAGGUAAAAUGAGUGAACCAGAGCAACUUACACUGGAGUCUUGUGUCAGGAGAGCUGCAGAUUCUAUAGAGCGAAGAUUCUGCUUUGACAUCACUGUGAAAGAAAGGCAAGGUACCCUGACAUUCCAAGCAUUAUCAGAUGAAGAUCGCAGACUAUGGCUUGAUGCCAUGGAUGGCAAGGAACCGAUCUACCACCCAACCAAAGUCAAGUCAGAAGACACAUUACUGGAUGAAGUAGGUUUCAACUUCAUGAGAAAGGGAAUUGCUGCAAUAGAAGCACGAGGUUUGCAAGAACAGGGUCUAUACCGAGUGGUUGGUGUGAACUCCAAGGUAACCAGUCUACUCAAAUUAGCACUAGAUCCAAAGAAGGCUGACAAGGUGAACUAUGAUGAUCCCACAGUGUGGGAAACAAAAACUAUCACUAGUGCAAUCAAGAAUUAUCUUAGAUCCCUGUCAGAGCCUCUGAUGACCUUUAAACUUCACGAUCAGUUCAUUAAAGCUGCAAGUGAGUUUUCCAGAAGUGGAGGGGUGGCAGAAAUGAGUGAGGAGAAUAAGAUGACUGUUGCCAACCUGGGUGUUUGCUUUGGCCCAUCGCUCAUGCGCGCUGAAGAGGAGACAGUGGCGGCAAUUAUGGACAUAAAAUUCUGCAAUAUUGUUGUGGAGAUUCUCAUCACUAAUUAUGAGAAGAUUUUCAAGUCACCCCCAGAAGAGGCAGACCUUGUUGAUGCCAAGGUUAACAUGAGCACCAGCCAGAACAUGGAGUCUUCAUUCUCAUCAUCAGUGGGUCGACCACGUGUUCUGGGCAAUCACAUGACUUCCUCUCAAGAGCAAAACUCUUCAGGGGGUGUGGCCAGUGAGAGGACACAGCAGAGGACUCCACCGACACGCAUCUAUGCAAACCAGGCACCUGUGCACCCAUCUCGCAUUCGACCACGUCCUAUACAGAUGUACCCUGCCAAUGCAGGUUUUGAUGCUAUGGGCAGUAUCAGUAGCAGUACAGAGUCGCUAAACUCCUCAUCCUCUAAACCUGGAGGCUUCUCACCACGCACUGUUCCCUCCACACCAUCAUCUGUUUCUUCAGGUGGAGGAGCUGUGGGUACUCCUGACAGAUCACGGCGACCAUCCCAUGAAACACCUGCCUAUGGAAAUAUUGCAUCACUAGCCAAUCGCUUUAACCUAAGUAUAGCAGGAGCGGAUUCCCCAGCCUUUGGCAGCGUGAAGAAGCGCAGCUCUAACGACUUCGCCCUGUCUGGGACCAGCAUCAACUCCUCAAUGCACAGCAGUCUGACAGGGAGCCAUGCCAGUCUCUCCAGUUCUACAGUCAAGGCACCUCGAAGAACCGUGAUAACACGUUAUCCAUGUAAGGCUGAGCAUGAGUCAGAGCUGUCCUUUGAGGCCAAUCAGAUGAUACAUAAUGUGAGGCAAUCUCGGGAACCAGGCUGGCUAGAAGGGGAGCUGGAAGGAAGAUUUGGGCUCAUUCCAGAGAAUUAUGUGGAAUUUGUUGACUCCUAGCCAAGUAUCAACACUUUGGCUCUUUCUGUGCGUGCAGCAUAAUCAUGCUCAAUGAGCUGGUGGCCAGGGGACAGAAUGAGAGACGAGAUACACCAUUAGCAAAACCACUUUCUUCAUCCCCAGCACUUUGUGCACGUGGUGCUGUUCCCUCUAAACUGGAAAGGAUAUCAACGCCUCCUGUAUUUAGGCUAUGGCUAAGCUGAGGGGACUGAUGUCACCAAAACUCUGGGCAUUUGGUGCUUGGUUGCCAGUAGAUGUCGCUGCAAUAUGCCUGGCACAAGUUUUGAGCCAUUGUGAUCCAAGUGUGUAAAACUAGAACUUCUGUCUUUUGAGGAUCAACAGGCUUUGGACUCGUAAUAGGACAAGAUUUUGAAUGUCAGGAGGCGGGAAAAAGAUACAGGAAGAUAAAGCAGAGGCAUGGCAUUUUUGUUUGCCAUUUUUUUAUUUUGCUGUUUUGAGUGGCUCAACAGAGAAUUAUAUUUUUGAGGGAAUGACUGGAUGAUAAGAAAAGUGUAAAUUUUAAAAUAUGGGAAAAAGAUAUUUACAUUAUAGUACAAGAAUGUACUAAGAAUGCAUAGUGUUGAAACAAGGAUUGUGAUGGCAGGGAAUCCAUCUUUGGAUAAACUGCUUCUGGUUCUUAUGGGUCGUAGUUAGGUGAGUUUUUAAAAAAAAAUUAUUUACUAAGGGUUUUUUGUUGUUGCUGUUUGUUUGUAGACAAAUAUAAGAGUAAGUCAUUGAACAACUUCUGUCAGUGAAAAUAAUACUGUUGCUAUUAUGGUUAGUGUGUUGGCAUGUCGGCUUCUUAUGUAAGUGUUGCCGUAUCAUGUUGGUGUCAGAUGGGAAGGAAUGUUUUAUGCAUACUGCUUGCUAUCCAGAAACAUCAUUUUGUUGCCACAUAAAAGAAUUUGUAUCUAGUUGUAUCCUCAUUUUUUAGCAGCACUGUGUUGCCAGAUUUUAUUGGUAACCCUAGUGAAGGUGGUCUAUGAAGAUUUUCUGGAAAUGGUUGGCAGUUUGGUACUAAGUUUAAUGGUGAGAGGUCACUUUGGUCAUCUGGUAAACCAUUUUAUUAGGCUCAUGAUGAAAUAGGAUGGUGACUAAACUUCAGUCAUAUGCUUGCUAGUUGCCUCAUUGAGUGUGCUUUUAGAUGUUUCUGUAAGUGUUAAGUUUUAUUGCCAGGUCACAUAAAGCAUUAACAAAUUUUAAGUAGGGAUGGAGAAGACACCUGAAAGAAUAAAGUAUUUGCAGGCUCUUUAAGUAGAUAGGCUGUUAUCUUUCAUUUAUCAUUGUUGAUCUGCGCAGAGAGUGAGAUUGUGAUGGUUCCCAUUAUUAUUAUUUUGCCAGGUUGUGGUGAAUGGAGAUGACUUUAUGUCAGGUGUGUAUGUUAGGAAGACAUGCUCCUAGGAGUUUGAUCAGUUUGGUAGGAUAUUUUAUCCCAGACAGUGAAAGUUAUCCAUUUUGUGUUAAAAGGCUUAACUGAGUGCAACAUUAUUUUCAAAUGAGUGGGUUUACUUAAUUGAAAAAUACUCUUGUAAAAUUUGAGUGAAAACUUUUGUUGGGUAUGCGUUGGGAUUUACCACUCCUAAAAUUGUUUUAAUAACAUUUUUAUUUGUAGAUUUCCUUUCUGUCUUAGAUAUUUACCUGUUCACAGGUACCUUUUAAAUCAUUUUAUUCAUCACCUUUCCAAAAUGAACUGCCACAGUCUGCCUAGUCAUUUUUGUUGGAGUGGUUUGCCCAUCACACCUUGAGAUUUAAGCAUACCUCUACAGGCAUGUACUCAUCUGUAGCCAAUUAUAUGCUUCUUAAUGUGAUGGUGACUUUACUACCUUUCUGUAUUAUGUCCUUUUGUCAGCAUAAUUUUGACUCCAUAGCAUUUGGAUUACAUAUUUGUUUUCCCAUUCCCUCUUUGGUCUAUAAAAAUAUCCACUCAAAUAUUUUUUAGGAGCUAACCCAUUGGAAAUGUUUGACAAAAAAUUGACAUCAGUGUUUGGCAGGAACUGGCUAAAAGCUGUGCAUGUGUGUAAUUGCAGGAGAUUUUACUCACAUGAUGAAACAGAGGCAGUGCAAAAGUUUUUGUCAACAUUUCAGUGAAUUAGCCAGCAGACAGAUGCAAUAGGAUAGGAAAAAACGCAUCAAAAACCACAUGGUUGAAGCAGAGGUAGAAUGGAUAAAGUGGGAAUGGGCUAACACUAAUGGGCAUUCAAGCAGAGCAGCUCAAGUAUCAAAACUGUACUUUUGCCAUUUAAGCAGCUUAGGCAACAGCUGCAAAUCUGGGUGGCAUCAGUCAGAGAUUAUUUAGCCAUGAACAUUUCGAAGUAUGUCACUUUUAUGAUGGUCUGUCUUUGUCAGAAUCUCACUUAAUCUAGCCAGUAGCCAAUGGAAGUGACCAUAUCAAGUGCUCACCAUCAUCCAGGCAUUUCAAUGCCUUUUACUUGGUGGGCUGUACAGCCUAAAAGGCUAAUGAUGGAACGGUUUCCAACAUCAAGUUGUAACAAUCGUCAUCACUUGAUUCCAGUAAGAUGGGGGGAGAGGGUGCUUUGCCUUUGGGAGGAGUGUGGAAAAUAGUUUCUAAGUUUGAUAUUUUUGAAAAUUAUUUUUUAACAUGUCAUUUGUGGGGCACAUUGAUGUUCAGUACUGGUUUAUUGCCUUCCAUAUUUUCAUAUAAUCAGAAAUUAUAAAAUUUUGUUUGUGUACUUCUCUCUCUUUUGCUCUUUUCCUGCUGUAUGCUUCAUGUCCUUGCACUCUGGUAUGUUCAUAUACUGUGUACAAUGAGAAAAACCAAACCACACUGUACUUUAGGCAUUGAGAAUUUAAGAUUAAGCCUUGUUUGCUAGAUUUUAUAAAUUUAUAUUUUAUAUUUGACAUUUUUACAUGUCACGUUAUAUACAUAGGUUUUAAAUUUUGUGCCUGUCAGUUGUGUAAUAAAUUGUAUAUUUUUAUCAUGCACGUUUUGAAAAAAAUAUGGGGCUAGUUAAAGCAGUACUGCAGCACGAGGGAUAGUGAAAUAGAGACAGAAUCAGUGCAAGGCUUCAAGUUGUAGAGAACUCUUGAUAACACAUGCCACACACAAGAUGGAUUUCGGGCCCUGUCCUGGAGCAACAUAGAAAAUAGUGGAAGUGAUGAUUAGAGAAGUAGGAAGAAAAGAGACUGACCUUUGAAGAGAAGGCAGGAAAAUAGAGCGUAAUAAUAAUCACCGCUAUUGUCGUCAUCUGUAGCACAUUUCAUUCUUGUGAGGAUGUGCAGUAUGUCUAAUCCCAGUAACAGACAACAGGAUGAAAUCAAAAUAUGAAGUAGAUGUAAAAUAGAGACAAUUUAAAAUCAGAGAAAACGACAAGCUGGGCAAGUCACACCACAUAGUAAUGUACAACAAUAUGCAAGAAAUUAUGAUGGAGAAGAGCAAGAAGAUUGUAAGAAAAUUGUAUCCAGUCUUGAAAACUGUUGAAUGGCUUUGUUAACAGUGCAGGCACAACUCUCUCUCAGCUAUCUGAUAGUUUCUCAAGUUAGUACGUGCCCUAAGAGUGCUUUGGGUGCAGAUCUUUCAUUAUUGAUACUGAUGACAUCAUUGUUGUCUUUGUUGACAAGUAAAUCAUAAAGGUAGGGACAGUUUGAUGCUGUCUUCAGAGGCAACAGAGCCUCACAAGUUUGGUGAAAUUAUCUACAUGUGUUGGUUUCUUAUGCCGCUAAUGUUGGCCACUUUCAGGAUUUAAAACUUUUGGUAGGUUGCUACAGUUAUGCAGCACAUUGUUGUGGAACACGUGGAGUGUAGGAUACUGCAUAUGUGAAAAUGUUUUAGGACAUUGUUAAAGAUAUAGACUCUGUCAGAACUUCUGAAAUAUAUCAGGGCACUUGAAAGGCAUAAAACUGUGAUCUAAAUGACAAAGUGUUGUAGAAGACUUUAGAGUUCAGUAAUGUAAGGGCAAUUCUACAUCUUUGUGUUGUAGAGUGGUGGCUUAACUAUAAUUCCCUUUUCAUACAUCAAGUACACUUUGUCUUACAUUUUUAUGUGUUUAAAUGCACCACUUUUAAAGAGUUAAAAUGAGCGUGGUUCAAGUAUUGGUUCAAUUCAGAAAUGGUUAUCCUCUGUGUGUGUGAGAGAGAGAGAUGCUUUAAUUGCUGGCUUUUUUUCUGAAGUUCAGCUAUGUGAACAUUCUUUUACUCCAGUUACUUUGUCAACACUUACCUACAGCAGUUCUGUUCAUGUGAUAAUAGAAGCUCCCAAAAUCUUAGUGAAAACAAUUCUGAAGUAGUGCUUUGAGUAGCCAGAACUCGAUUGUUGAAGGUGGCAUAAUAUUUUGUAUUAUUUUAUGCAUCUGUAUGUAAUUUGUUGUUCCAAAUAACACGACAAAAUACAUGAUGAUAUGUUUAGGUGUUUCUGAGUAGAAAGGCUGAAAUCAAUAAGAACUAUAUUUUGGUCAUUUCAAAAGUACUUUUCUGAAACUUAGUUCACUGAAGUCCAGUGGGUUCUAAACACAAGUCAUUGCUUGUCUUAUUAGUCACACAUGAUCAUAGCAGAGAUUUACAAGGAAAUGACAAAUAUUAAAGUUAUCUACAGCAAGAAAACAAGUGUUUAUUAUGAUACUAUCUAAAAUAUGUCAAAAUUGUCUAAUAUUGCAGUAAUUGUAAGAAAGAUUAGUCUGAUUUGCCUGUUACCAUCUCAUAGGUGGAAGACAUUGGAUAACUUUCUUCUAUUUAGCAUACCCCUACAAAUGCCAUCAAACAGAAUUUCUCCUGAUUGUCUGCAUCCUGAUGGGAGAAAGUUUUAAUCAUUCUGAAAUUCUUUAGCCUUUAACACUUGCACGUAUGGUAGUGGAAACUGGCAUUGACCAUCUUCUGAUUAUUAGGUGGUAUAUAGUGUCUUUCAACUUUCAUGCCCCAUCCCCUAACCCCCUGCUAAAUUAAUUUCAGACCUUCAGAAAGCCAACUGUGGAAUGUUUUGUGUUUAAAAAAAAAGUUUUAUCGAAUAUUCUAGCUUGUGAUGUAUUUAAAGCUGUUGUUACUUGCUGCCUAACUAGAUUGCAGCAUUUUUCAAAACCCUGUGACUUGUUGCCUGGAAACAUUUCAGUGACUUUCUGUUACACCUUGUCAGUAAUUUUGAGAAAUGAAAAUGCAUCUUUUUUUCCUUUACAAGUGUUGUUCUUAUAAAGAUGUGUGAGUCUGACAUAAUAUAGUACAUAAAAUUGCAUUUUUGAGAUAAGUAAAACUUACCGCCAUUAGAAAUUUGUUUAGUGCUGACUACUGGCCUUUAACAAACAGGGGAGAGAGUAUUUGUAUAAACAUAUGCAAGGGUACGUGUACCUUUGUAUGCUAAGUGAAUAGCCAGUAUAUUUCUAGCAUGUAUAAUUCAUACUAAGAAAAAAAAUAAUGCCAGUUUUCAAGGCAGACUUUAGUUGAAACUAAAGAUAUUCUAGUUUGUAUUAUGUAUAAUAUGGUUGCAGCAAAAACUACUGCAGGGUUGUGUAUAGGUAUGACGCUGAUCGGUGCAUGAAUAAAUGUAAAAAGAUAUAAUAACCAAGCUACCCAUGUUAGACGGCAUUCAUUCUAAUGUUCUUAGUUGCAGUUGUUUUCAGAUGAAGAGGGUUGUGUAUGCAUGUGUGUAAGAGAGAGAGCAAUGUGACACAUUGUUACACAAUGAUGUUACGUCACCCAUUAUAAUUGUUGUCAAGCUGUUUAUUGAAUAUUUGAAGUCUGUACAUAUUUUGAUUUGUCUUGCUAUCAUUAGAAGACUAAAAGCUGUUGUGUCCAUUCCACAAUUGUGUGUGUGUAUAUAGCGAGAGAUGUGUGUAAAGUACAGAAAAUUUUUACCAUAUCAGAGAUUUUUUUUAUUGAUUUGUAUAUGGGCAGAGUACAUUUUUUGAUCAUCUAUGAAGUCUGUAAAGUGUGAGUGAUCUCAAUUGCUUUAUUGUUUUUUACCUUUUCUUUUCUUGCGCACAUUUGCUCACUUCCCCCUCUCUCUCACACAUGCACUUGCACACACCAUUUCCUCCUACACAGUGACCAAGAGAGGUAGCUGAAGUCUGGAAUGGCAGCAGCAGUAUGAUGCAGCUUUUGAAAUCAGUUCUUUUGUGUUGUGUCAGUGGUGGUGUACUGGGUAAAGCUGUCAGUCAGUUUUUGUGUAAUUGAAACAAACUGCCCUCUCCAGAUCCCAUUUUGUAAGUAACAGGUCUCUCAUAGGUAGUCAAUAGAUGCAGUUUCCUGUAGGUACUUGGAUAAACUGCUUUGAAUAUGGGUUAACUAAUAGCUUAUGGUGAAAUUAUUUUGUAAUUAAUAUGCCAAUAUUGCAGUUUCAGCCUUGUAGAUUGUUAUUUUCUUCUUUACUUUGAAAAAGUUUACUCCUCGUAUAUUUGCAUGCGUACAUUACAUUACAUUAUUUUCUGAGUGGUGUACAUCUGUACACCUGUGAGCAGGCUCUACUGUAUUGGUGGACAGCAGGCCAAAAAAGAAACUUGUCUAUACAGUACGACUAGUUAAUAUGUAACGUAAGAUGUGGUGAUAGUUGGAACUACCAGCAUCAUUAAUACAUGAUGUGGGAAGGUGACUGAUGGUACAGACAGCAUCAUGACCGAUGAUGUGGUAAGAUGAUUGACAGUGCAGAAACACUGUGGUGAUGACAGGCACUGCACACAACAGUAUCUGUUCACUCUGCCAGGCUUUAGAGAGACAAACAGUAAGACAAUUAUUCCUGUAUCUUCUUCCACUCUUGAAUGAGUUCUUUGAAAAUCAGUGGAUUGAUGUAGGAGUUUGUGGGGGCACUUAUUGUGCUGGUCCUCUUGGCAAGAAAGGGUGGUGUUUUUCAAUUCAAAAUGGAAGAAUGUGUAAUACAGUAUUUGCUUUCAAUAUUUUCAUCAAAACCUUGCUCUGUGACUUACCCAUUUUUGAACCCUGAUUUCUGUAUGACACCUAAUUACUAAAUUACUGUGAUGGGCCUACAGAGAAUUUCAUUUCUGGUUUGUAGAGGGCUAGUAAAGGAAGGGACAGGCAGGUAUUAUUGAGGCUGUGUUGUGUCUUUGGUGCUGGCCUAUUAUGCAUUUGUCUAAGAUCCUGUUCAGUAUGUAGGCUAGAUACAAAAAAUGAAUAUGCAUCUAGAAUAUAAUCAUGACAGUAAGAGUACUUCUUUUGUGUCAUUUGUCUGACCUGUCUGAUCCUGUGUAUCACCUAAAGGUGAUUAGCUGUUACAGAAUGUUGUGACCAAACUAUCUACUGCUAGAAUUACUUAUCUGUGUAUUGGCAACAGAAUAGCAUCUGUAAUUUUGCUUUCUUUUUGAGACUCCAGGCAGUGUAUUUGCUCAUUAUUCUGCAAAUGUGUAGCUGAAGGUACUUAACACAUACUGAAUAUUUUAUUUGUCACUGUGUCACUCAGAUCUUCAGCACGAGUCUUUGUUUUCAGUCGUCUUAACAAAUAGUGCACACUUAACUGCUUAACACUGUAUAGUUAAAAACCAUGUUUAGCACUAGGCUUAGUAUACUAGGUUUUAGUGUAAACAUAGUGAAGUAAAAUUUGAGACAAGUAGUAGUUUUUGCUGUUGUCUGUGAAGGACAAAAAAACCACCAUAACUAGUUUAUCUAUUUUCCCUGACACUGUGCUGAUGUUGCCAUGUGAUAUUGACCUUUAUCAAGAAAUGUAACAAGCAGAUGAAAUAAUCGAGCUCUAUAAUAGGUCUUUAAAAAUUUAGUCACCUUAAACCAACAGUGAUAUGUCACCCACAGGCUGCUUUGUUUUAGUUACCUUAAUAACUUGUAAAUCUUUUUCUUUUUGAGGUGAUCAGGUCCAGAGGUUGCCUCUGUUUAUACUUCACAUGACAACUUAUAGUCAAGUGACAAUUUUCGGACUCUAAAGACAUUGAGAUCUCUUUUUGAUUCAAGUGAACACUUCUUUGUUGGCUGGUUAAUGAUGCCUAUCCAUACUUCAGAUUUUAUCUCUUCUAAAAUCUUCACUGAAGUAUUAAACUUUUCAAAAAUUAUUAUUUUCACAUAGCUCUUUAUAGAUCUUAAUAUUUCUGACACUUAUGGAAAUAGACCCAUGCAAAUCAGGGGUAACUGCAGUCUAAAUUUGUGUAUAUCCCACAAAAUGUAAAUGACACAGUUACUUUAUCUUACCUGUAUGAAAUAUUUAAGUCUGACAUGAACUGAAAAGACCUGUACAUUCCUGUGAAUGGGACUUUGACCCACAUCUUAAUUUGCUUCUGCAUACUGUUAAAUAUUCAAUGCUUAUUGUUGACUUUACUGGUAUUUUUGUUGCUAUCUGCACAGUCCAUCUGGUUUGUAUCAUGACCACAUAUUCUAGAUUAUUACAACUAAAUUGUUGAGGUAACUGUGGAGGUCAUUACAGUAUGGUCUGUUGAAUAAUCAACAUUGUGAUAGUUUUCAUGCUAGUGGAGACGAAGACUGUUGUCAGUAAUGGAUUUGACCUGCUGUCGUCUGGCGCUCUUUGUGCUACUUUGUGUCUUGCUUCUGAAGGUCAUCCUGUGUGGAUUAACUGUCCAACAGUGUUUCUUGACUUACACUGUCAACUGUAAAGGAAUUUUAUGUCACUGGUAGUGACUAUCUCGAGUCCUCUUGUCCUUCAGUGGUGACUGGUAUGUCUACACUUUUUCUUUAUUAUGACUUGCUGUACAUUAUCACCCAGCUGUGACUUACCAAAGUCUUUGCCCAGUUGUGACUCUGUGUUUGAAGCAUUUGCAAUGAGUGGUAUUUCUAUAUUUGAAGUGAACUGUCAAUAAUCAGCUCUCACUCUCAGGCUGUGUGUAGUAUACCAUGUCUUUAAAUGGUAUGUUUUGUAGUCAGACCGUGUGUAGACCAUUUUUCUCUUUUCCUUUUAUCCCUUAACUCCUCCUCUGUGUCACUUCCUCACUUUCCCUGGAACAUGUGGGCUGUCCAAAUGAGUGUGUUUAUUAUCAUUACGGUUAUGUUAAGAGUUGUAAAAAUUUGCUUUUUCAUAAGUUGAACAUUUUUGUCCUGCACUAAUUAUUACUGAUAUCAUAAUUCUGGCAAGAAAUAAAAUACUGAGCAUUUG